AGUUUAAGGUCUGACUGGCACUCUCUCGGCUCUCUUGUCCUGAGUAGUUCUUAAUUUCUUCUCCGGCGACGGGAUUUCGUCUGUCGAGUCGUCAACCGGAUAAUCGGUGAGCUCCGUCCGGCGGCGGAUUCACUCCUCAUUGAGCUGCAGAGCAUUCUGCUGAUCCAAGGAAAGGCCUGGAAGCUCAAAGCUUCGAUAUGGCGCCAGGGAGAGGUCGAAAACGAAAACUGGAGGACGACGAGGAAGGCGAGGCUGCCACGGCGGCGGCGGCGGCUUCCAGUUCCAGCGAUCCGGCCGAAUCUUUAGAGCAGAGUCUCACGUUCUCCGACACUCUGGUGGCCCUCCAAAUCAUGCGAGCUCAGUUCCCGCGCAUUGACAAGGUCUCGAUUAAGCCAUUCAUCCUGCGAUCGCAGCUGUACAGCAGCGUGAUGGAUAGGACUCAGGUGGAUAGAGAACUCGAGUCUCUGAGAAGGGCAAAGACACUGCGCAUUUUCAAACUGAGUACUGGACAAGAUGAUCAUGCUGUAAUGUUUUUGGAUGACUAUAUAAAUCAGAUUGAUAGUGUCGUGAAAAAAAAGGAAGAGAAGAAACUGCCUAAUCUUGAGGCUUUCGAUUGGUUUAAGAUGCAUGUGAUUGACACUAGACUCGAGCCUAAUAUUUCACACGAAGAGCUUUGUUCACUUCUGUCCCUUGGGGGGAAGGUGAAAGAUCAGCACGUAUCGCUUCUCAUAAAUGGGGGAGUUCUUAUACGACAGCUUAUUGAUCCGGACAUGUACUGGUUUGCCAUUCCCAGUAUCGGGUCAGUGCUUAAAGGCCUCUCUCAGGGAAGGAAGGAGCUUCUCGGUCUGUUAAGUCGCAAGAAAUACAAAGAGAUGAUGAUGGCAACUUUGGAGAAGAAGAGGCUUCGGCUGUCUCCACUCGACAUGAGGUUUCAUCUCCGCGACCUGAUCGGUUCCGGCCACCUAAAAACCAUCAGCACCCCAACCGGUUUGGUCGUCCGGGUCUCCAAGGAUUGAUCAAGAGAGGUAAAGAGACCAUCUCUUUGUUUCUUUAUCUAUUAGUUCACGCCGCUGUAGAUCCCUGCUCCUCUUCAAAUCCCGGAGAAAGACAACAAAUUCCGGACCGAGACGCCAAGGAAAGGGAAUGUACCGUUAGUCCAGUCUCUUCUUUCUUGUAAUCACAUUACAUCUCAGGGAACAUUGUGUCGGCGUAAUUAACGGUAUAAUCUCAAUUUAUUCCGACAUUGUGAUAUUCUUGUAAGAUAACAAAUUAUAAUUAUUGCAUUUUCUAUGGAAUAAUUGUAACCAAGCAAAAAAAAAGGUAAAAGAAAA